UAGUCCGUGGCUGUGACGAGACCAGUGGGUGCUGGGGCACCUGUGGGUGCCGGCGGUUCUCUGGCUGCAGCUGAGGGUUGACAGCUACGAGGGGCCCCUUGGAGUCUCCGUGGCUGUAGGGGGACCCUUGGGCGCUGUGGGGUUCGGUGGCUGCCAGAGCACCCUUGACGGGGGCAGCUGCUGUGGGUCCGUGGCUGUGGGGGACCCUCGAGUGCAAGCGGCUGCGUGGCUGCUGGAGGGACCCCCCCCCCCCAGACCCCUCUGCCCUCCUCUGCCUUCCCGUGGGCGCCGUGGCUGGGGCUGGGGUGAGGAGGCAGAGCUCAGACAUCACCCAGCCGCCGGCGAAGGGAGGCUCCAGCCCCCAGCAUCCGGUACCCGCGGGGAGCGCGCAGCGGCGAGAAGCUCUCUCCGCAUCCGCUCCUGCGAGCAGCGCCGCAGCCGGAGCCGCCACCGCCUUGUGCCAUGCGCUGGGGCACAGCCCUGGGCACCUGGGUGCUCCUCACCGGCCUGGCUCUGGCCAGCUGGGGUGUCCGAGGACUGGAGGUGGUUGUGAAGGAGAUCAGCGGGAAGGUGUUCCUGCAGUGUAAGGCAGACUCGAAAGAUCCAAUCACAUGGUGGAAAAAUGGGAAGUGGCUCAGAAACGAUUCCCUGCUGGACUUGGGGACAGCUCACACCGACCCCAGAGGCAGCUAUGCCUGUGCAGCAAACAACCAGAGAAGUCCCUACCUGCAGCUGCACUACCGAAUGUGCCAGAACUGCAUCGAGGUGGAUGCUCCAACCAUCUCUGGCAUCGUGCUGGCAGAUGUGGUGGCCACCAUCCUCCUGGCAGUCGCUGUCUACUGCAUCAGUGGCCAGGACAGGAGAUACAUGUCACGAGCUUCUGACAGGCAGAACCUGAUUGCCAACGAGCAGCUGUACCAGCCCCUGGGCGAGCGGGGCGACGGGCAGUACAGCCAGCUGGCAGCUGCCAAGGCCCGCAGGUGAGCUCUGAAGAGGAUGGGGCCUGGGACUCCUGCCCACCAGAAUGCCCAGGAGCACCAGGACUCUGCCCUGGCACUGCUGUUGUGCUCUCACAGCUGGCAGGAGGCUGUGGGUUUUCACCUGGAGAGCUCUGCAGCUCCUUGCCCGGGUGAGCUGCCUGUAGCGCUCUGCCCUUGCUGUGCCCUCUUGCCCUGCUGUGUUCCUCUCAUUAAAGAUGAGCUUGU